UCCACUCGCGGCGGGCAGGCGGCGAGCUGAGGCGACGGUUGGGACGUUCCACCGCAGGAACUCAGGGGGCGCGGCUUCCGGGCGCCGACUUCGAAAGAGGCCUGCGCCGCCGGCUCGGCCAUGACCCAGUCGGUGGUGGUGCAGGUGGGACAGUGCGGGAACCAGGUGGGAUGCCGUUUCUGGGACCUGGCGCUGCGGGAACACGCCGCUGUCAACAAGAAAGGAAUUUAUGAUGAAGCCUUAAGCAGUUUCUUUAGGAACGUAGAUACAAGAAGUGGUGAUAAUGGUCCUGAUAUUUACAAAGGAAAAAUCUGCUCUUUAAAAGCACGAGCACUGUUGAUUGACAUGGAGGAGGGUGUGGUAAAUGAAAUUCUACAGGGACCAUUGAGGGAUGUGUUUGAUAGCAAGCAGCUUAUCACAGAUGUUUCUGGUUCAGGAAACAACUGGGCUGUAGGUCAUAAGAUAUAUGGCUGUCAGUACCGGGAAAACAUAGUGGAAAAGCUGAGAAAAACUGCUGAACAUUGUGACUGUCUACAGUGUUUCUUUAUAAUUCAUUCCAUGGGAGGUGGGACAGGAUCUGGUCUUGGAACUUUUGUACUAAAUUUGCUUGAGGAGGAGUUCCCAGAAGUAUAUAGAUUUGUUACUUCAGUUUAUCCCUCUGGUGAAGAUGAUGUUAUUACUUCUCCAUAUAACAGUGUUCUGGCUAUGAAGGAGCUUAAUGAACAUGCAGACUGUGUGCUACCAAUAGAGAAUGAAUCUCUGUUUGAGAUAGUUAAUAAAAUUCAUCAGAUGAUCAAUUCUGGGAAGUUAGGAUCAACUGUGAAGCAAAACAGCUUGGUAACAUCAAGUGCAGGCAGUGCAAAAACACUACAAGAGAAGCCAUUUGAUGCAAUGAAUAAUAUCGUAGCCAACUUGCUGCUGAACCUGACAAGCUCUGCUAGAUUUGAGGGUUCCCUAAAUAUGGAUCUUAAUGAAAUCAGCAUGAAUUUGGUUCCAUUUCCUCGACUUCAUUAUUUGGUUUCAAGCUUGACUCCUCUGUAUACACUGGCAGAUGUUAAUGUUCCUUCUAGAAGGUUGGAUCAGAUGUUCUCAGAUGCGUUUAGCAGAGAUCAUCAGCUAAUUCAAGCAGAUCCAAAGCACAGCCUCUACCUGGCCUGUGCACUUCUUGUUCGAGGAAAUGUGCAGGUUUCAGACCUUCGCAGAAAUAUUGAAAGGUUGAAGCCUUCUCUGCACUUUGUCUCCUGGAACCAAGAGGGCUGGAAAACUGGUUUGUGUUCAGUACCUCCUGUGGGCCAUUCCCAUUCCCUUCUGGCUUUAGCAAACAACACCUGUGUAAAACCAACUUUCAUUGAACUCAAAGACAGAUUUAUGAAGCUCUACAAGAAAAAGGCUCACCUUCACCAUUAUCUGCAAAUAGAUGGGAUGGAGCAAAGCUGUUUUUCAGAAGCUGUAUCCUCUUUGUCUGACCUAAUAGAAGAGUACAAUGAAUUGGAUGCUACAAAAGGUGGGCCUAGAAUAGAUCCUUCAAGACUGAAGAUAGCUGUUUAAAGAAGGAAGAACUGAUUUUAAAAACAACAACAACAAAAAAGAAAAAAAAAAAAAAAAAAAAAAAAAAAAAAAAAAAAAAAAAAAAACCAACACUUUCCCUAAACAUCCAGCCACUUCAGUUAACCAGAAUGACUUGCAGCAUGCCUGGUUAUUGUAAUUCCAAAGUGGGACUAGCACAACAGCUUCCUUACCUCAAGAGUUGUCAUUAAGUGGUGAGCCAUGCCUGUAAGAAAGAUCUGGAGGCACCUAAUUGUGGCUGGUAUCAGUAAGGACAGUAAUCCUAUCUGUGGAGUAAAUUGCCACACCAUAUGCUGUGAAGAAAAGGAGGAGAGGUUGUCUGUAGCAGCCAAAAAUGUAAUUCUUUUGUCAGACUUUCAAUUUACAGUAAACUAAAGGUUGGCCUUGCUUCAAAGAAGGAUCACCGUUGCUAGAUUUAGUUUUUAACAAGCGACUAUGAAGAGAAGAAAAUCCCAUGUAGUCUUUUCAAAGAUGAAAGCAAGUCUAAUGAAACUGCUUUCUUACACUUUGCAGUAGACAUUUCAGAAUGCUCCAAGCUAUGUUCCUCAUUUUUAUAUUUCUGCUCCUAUGUUGUACUUAACUAUUUUAGAGUAUUCUCAGUUAAUACCAAAAUUGGCAAUAACAGAAAAUUUUUUUUAAUAUUUUUGUUUCAAGUGUUAUGCUUGGAAUAUUAAUGAAUAUUUUAAGGAUUCAUAUUCAUGAAUGCUGAGUUGCACUUGAUAAUGAGAUAAUACAGAAUACCUCUGAGCGAAACCUGCACUUAUGAUGAAGUUAUAAUGACCAUUUGGAGAAAAACACUUAUAGCCUCAAAAGAAUGCAAGUAAAAUAGAUGUUUUAAUAUUUAUAAUUAUCAGGGUAAGCAGCUUUUUAUAUUACAGUAAGAACUUUUACGAAAUAGAAUCUACAGCUAUUUCCAGUUGCUUGCCAGUGAACUGUUACAGAUCAGAAUGGAUUGAUACCAUGAUUUCUUGAAAUUUGAAGUCCUUCUAGCACAGCUGGAGUGGAUGUGUAAGUAAGCACAAUUUUGAAUGUAUAAACCCAGAAGUAUUCAAUAAAGUAUUGUGAUAACA